UGCUCAGGAAAAGAAAUGUCAACCAUAUCCCUAAUGUUUCUGACUUUCCUUUUUUUGCCCCUCUGUGACCUUAUAUAUCAGGGUCUCGUAGAAGAAAUCAAUUCUGUUCUGACUAGGAGAAGGGAAGGUGAUGAGUUGGAAGCUGAAUUGACACGGGCAGAUAUCAUCAAAUGUGUACAAUAUCAGAAAGUGAAGUUUCGAGGAGUUAAUUUUUCUGGCCUUGAUCUCUCUAAACUGGACCUCUCAUAUGUUGACUUCAGCUAUGCAUCUCUGAAAAAUGUAUUCUUCUCUCGUGCAAACCUACAGUGUGCAAAAUUCCGGGAUGUGGAUGCUGAGGGUUCCAUAUUCCACAAUGCAACUUUGCGGGAAUGUGAAUUUACUGGUGCAAAUCUCCGAGGCGCUUUAUUAGCAGGUGCCAACCUUAAGAGUGCAAACCUACAAGAUGCUUGUCUGGUUGAUUGCAGUUUUUGUGGAGCAGAUCUGAGCUCUGCACACUUACAGACUGCUGAUCUCACUAAUGCCAACUUGGAAGGAGCGAAUCUAGAAGGAGCCAAUCUGAAGGGUGCAAAAUUGAAUAAUGCCAAUCUAAAGGGUGCAAAUCUUCAACGGGCUUAUCUACGACAUGUCAAUCUUCAAAAUACACAUUUGGAAGAUGCAAAGCUUGAUGGUGCCAAUUUGGUUGGAGCAAUUCGAUAAAAUUGGUGCAAGACUGUGUCCCAGAAUACAUGAAUGUAUUUUCACUUUCGAGUGAUCUAUUUCAUUUCCAUCCUUUUGUCUUCAGAAAUGGAUAUAUGUGCUAAGUUAUUUAUGUGCAAUAUGUGGAUAGUUUGACAAAAUGAAUUGGAAAGAUUUCAUAAAACAUGGUUGACCAUAAUUGUCUUCUGAGGCCAUCCCUUUACUUAGGAUUUAAGCA